AUGAACGGACCCGCAUACGCGACCCCAGCGCCCCAAGGCCCCGUCUGGUCAGCUGCGACAGCAGCGGAUGGCAAAGAGUACUACUACAACAGGCUUACCCAGGCCACUACAUGGGAGAAGCCCGACGAGCUCAAGGACGAUGUAGAGCGUGCACUUCCUGGCACUGGCUGGACGGCGCACAUGUCAAAUGGCAGGCGAUACUACAUUAAGAUCGGCACUACUGAGACGAGGUGGGAAAUACCCGACGUUGUCCAGAAGAAGAUCGACGAGUACAACCAGAAUCAGCAGAACCAGCGCCCUCCCCCUGCAGGUCCUGCCGGAUGGCCAGCGGGACCAGCCUCGAGCGCGCCUUCAUACGACAACAGGCGCGAACGCGACGAGUACCGGCCUGACCGACACGACCGUCGCGAUGAUCGUGAUCGUGACCGCCGCGACGACCGUGAAUCUGGCUUUGGCGGCGACCGGCCCAACAUCAGCUUUACAACGGGCACCGAGCUCCAGUUCUCAACCCCGCAAGAGGCUGAGGCUGCCUUUAUGAAGGUGCUCAGGCAGAUGAAAGUGCAGCCUGACUGGACUUGGCUGCAGGCUGUGCGCGCUGGUAUUCAUGACCCCAACUGGCGCGCUAUUCCUGAGCCAGAGAAGCGCGAAGAGGCCUUCAAGAGGUACUGCGAAGACUUGCGCGCCCAGGAGAAGCACAAGGAGCAGGACCGCCAGGCCAAGCUACGGUCCGACUUCACCGCCAUGCUGCGCUCGCACCCCGAAAUCAAGUACUACACACGCUGGAAGACCGCUCUGCCGAUCAUCGAAGAGGAAACCAUCUUCCGCUCCGCCAAGGACGAUACCGAGCGCAGGGCUCUGUUCGAGGAAUACAUCAUCUCUUUGAAGAAGGCGCAUGAGGAGGAAGAGGCAGAGAGUAGGCGAUCCGCUCUCGACGAGGUCAUGAGUUUGCUACAGGGCUUGGAUCUGGAGCCAUUCACUCGCUGGCAGGCGGCCGAGGAGAAGUUGGAGCAAAACCACGAAUUCAACAGCGAGAAGUUCGAAGCCUUGACUCGAAUGGACGUCUUGAACCAAUUCGAGAAGCAUAUCAGGCAGCUCCAGCGCGAACACAACGACAAGGUCCAAGCCGAGCGACGCAAGAAGCACCGUGUCGAGCGCAAGAACCGUGAUGCAUUCCUCGAGCUCCUAGAUGAUCUUAGGAAGAGCGGCCUGCUCCGCGCUGGUACCAAGUGGAAGGACAUUCAUGAUGCCAUCCAGGAUGACCCGCGCUACACGGCUAUGCUUGGGCAGAGCGGAUCCUCGCCACUUGAUCUGUUCCGUGAUGCUCUGGAGGAAGAAGAGGGCAAAUUCCGCACCCUGCGCCGAAGGGCGCUUGACGUACUGGAGCAACAACGCUUCGAGGUCACUACAUCGACCCCUGUGGAAGAGUUCCUUAACAUUAUGCGCAAAGAUCCUCGCACCGCUGAUAUUGACGAACAGUCCAUGCAUAGCAUCUACAAUUACGUCCUCGCGAAGGUCAAGAAGCGCGAGGAGGAAGAACGUCGAGAUGAAGAAUACAUCGAGCGCUCAGCUGUGGACAAACUUCGCUCUGUCAUCAAGCAUCUUGAUCCGCCAGUGUCGCUAUCAGAGACCUGGGAAGUGGUACGUCCCCGCGUUGAAAAGACAGACGAGUAUCGCGCACUGAAAUCAGAUACCCUCCGCGAGUCGGCUUUCGAUAAGUUCAUGUCCCGUUUGAAGGAGAAGGAAAGCGAUCGCAGGGACCGGAGCAGGCGCGAUGAUCGCGACCGUGAUAGGGAUAGGCGCGACCGAGAUCGUGAGUAUCGCAAUGGGCAUUCUGAUUCUCAUCGUCGUCAUCGUACGCGAACUCGCUCACCUGAACAUGAUCCGUACGCUGCAGAGCGCCGUCGUGCGGUGCAGGACCGGGAGGCGCGCUACAGGAACAACGAUAGCACAGGCUUGUCUCCUCCCCCGCGUCGUGAGCGCCGAGAUGACGAUCGCUAUGAGCGUUCUCGUCGCAGCCCCGGUGGUGAUCACUACGGACGUGAGCGUCGCGAGCGCGAAGUCGAGCGCGAGCGAUCCUACGUUAGCAGGGCUGAUCCUCGUGAGGCCACUGUUAGUCUACUGGAUUACGGCGACAGUGGUGGUCGCACCUCGUCAACUCGACGCCGUCGGGAAAGCGACGAGAGCUCUUCCAAACGUGACCGUGAGACAAAGCGCGCUCGCUACUCUCCACGUGCUGCCGACCGUAAGUCGAAGACUCCUGUCCCCGAACCCACCGCCGCAAAGAAGGAAGAAGAAGACCGCGCUCUCCGCAGUGGAAGCGAGGAGGGUGAAAUCGAGGAAGAUUAG